CCGCCGUGACCCGGCGCGGCGCUUAUAGCGGGCGGCGCGGCGCGGCGCGGGGCGCAGGCGGAGAUGGCGGCGGGGUUGCGCGGCUUCUUGGCGCUGCUCCUCCUCGGCGGGCUGCCCGCCGGCGUUGCGGGGACAACUGGUUUUAUAAAGUCACCGCUGUCUCAAAAGAGACUGACUCAGGACAGCGUCGAGUUGUACUGCGAGGCGAUUGGUAAUCCUAUCCCUGAGAUCCAGUGGUGGUUUGAGGGAAAUGAGCCAAAUGAGACCUAUGCUCAGCUCUGGGAUGGCGCACGGCAGGACCGUGUCAAAAUCAACGCCACCUACAACCUGCACUCUACCAGUACCAUCUACAUCGCAAACCUCACAAGCGACGACUCGGGCAUGUAUGAGUGCCGGGCUAGCAACGACCCUGACCGCAACCACUUGUCGAAGAGCCCCAAAGUCAAGUGGAUCCGUUCCCAGGCGAACGUUUUUGUCAUCGAACGUCCAGAUGUCAAAAUUCACAUAAACAAUUCUUCUGACAUGGUGAUCCUCACCUGUAACAUGACUGGGACUUACCCUGCCAUCCAGGGUCACGAAUGGAUGCAUUGGGGCGAGAUAGUUCAAACCGACGCGGACUCAAGUGCUUCCACCAGUUACAUAAUCAAGGGGAAGAUAGAAGACCACUCUGGCAUCUAUGAAUGUGUCUACAAAACAAGCCCAGAGGUAUCAGUACAAGUGAACGUUUCAGUUCCACCCCAAGUGAUUGCAUACAAGAAGUCUGAGCAUGGGAAUGAGGGGGACACUGGUGUGCUGACUUGCAAGAAUCCCUCUUUCCCCCCUGCCACCUCUUGGGUCUGGUACAAAAAUGGUCAAGGGCCCAUCAUCAAUGGUUCUGGUCGAUACAUAAUCAAGUCCAGUGGCAACAAGACGGAGUUACGUAUUCUUAAACUGAAUAUUGAGGAAGAUACAGGUGACUACCGCUGCAAUGCCACCAACUCUCACGGCUUUGGUGACGCUAUGGUAAACCUGCGCGUACGCAGCCGCCUGGCAGCACUCUGGCCCUUCCUGGGUAUUGUAGCAGAAGUCCUCGUUCUUGUCACCAUCAUCUUCAUCUAUGAGAAGAGGAGGAAGCCAGAUGAAGUUCUUGAUGAUGAUGAUGGAGGUUCUGCACCACUGAAAAGUAAUGCCACAAACCACAAGGACAAGAAUGUCCGCCAGAGAAAUGCUAACUAAGAGCAGGGCCCGGGUGACAUGUAGAUGAAGAACUCAUCUGGACAAUUUUGGUUUUCUUCUGAUUUUUUUUUUUGGUAAAAUAGCACCAUGAAAUAUUCUAGUGCAUCCUUGCGAUUCAGUUAAUUCACUUUCUAAAGAAACUUAUGAUGUAGAAUCUAAAAUACACUUUUUUUUUAAAAAAAAAGAGUUAUGGGAGGGUUUUUCUACCUGUAAAUGUAAAUCCCAUGUUUCUGGUAGUCUAGGUCACUGGCUGUCUCUGUCCUAGGUUUCUUUGUGUUGGUACAGACGGGGUGGGUGGGAGUACAACUUAUUUCUUCCUUGCCUCUGGGAAGAACAGGGUGUGUUGGGGAGGGCCGCUCUGAAAUGCCUUCCUUGCCCCACCUCAGUGUUUGAGGCCACUCAAGGAGCUGUGGACAAGACCUGACCAGGCAGUGCAAUGUGCACAGCUCCUUGUGCUGCUCGGUGGGAUGUGGCUGGUGUGGCUCGUGGUCCCAGCAGGUCUGUUCCCCUGCCCUCUUGGUGUGGGGCAGGGAGAAACUGCCUGGGUGACCAUCUGGGGAUGACCUGAUCUGACCGAGGGGUUUAGGAAGGUGUUUCUGUGUCUUCCCCAUGCGUCACCUGGAGCAAGGCUGCACCUUUUCCAGCAUGGGAGCAGCACGUAUCCUGUAAGCCACAGGGCCAGGGCCACCAGGCAUGUCUGCCGCGGCUCCUGGGGAGGAGCGGGCGAAGGAUGCUCCUGGGUGUGAGCUGCACCACCCUGACCCCCACCCAGCACCAUUCCCAGGGCCGGGCACAUUCCCAAUCUGUUCUCCAGAGCUGUUCUUAGUCACUCAGACAACCAGGAGGCAGCGUCAGAACUGGACACGGGAUGGAUAUGAUUGAUCUUAACUUACUAGCAACCCAUGAAUGCUAUGGUGGGGGAUAGGGGCAGAGUGAACCAGGGGUGGGGGGGAGUUUAGGUGGUGCGGGGCGGGGGGUGCAGUUUAACAGCAUGUGUUCUUGUGCUUGAGCCAUUGUGAUGUUUGCGUGACAGGAGCCUGAGAGCGAACACUCAGUGGAGUCUAAUACCUUUAUUUCUGGGUAGCAUUGAACUGUUCCAUCUGUUAACACACUUCACAAAUAAAGAUGAUUCCUCUUUUUUUUUUUUUUUU